CGGUACUCUAAGCUCUCCGCGCUCGUGAAUACAAAAGUUGCGAAGCCGAGCCCAAAGCAGCAGCAGGGACAUGCCCAUCCGUGCCCCAACUUCCGGAACUAGAACAAUUCAAUCUAUCGCAGCGCAGCGGCCCUCUGAUGCCAGCAUCUCUCUAAUGCCGCACAACCUUGUGUCACUAUGUGGGCAUCACCCCAAUAUAGCUAGAUAGGCAAUCUCCGUUCCUCGACGGGUUCCUGUGCUCGUUGCGCAGCGCGCUCGAGCAACGCUCGAGCACAAGCGAGUCUUGACUCCAGCCUCACAUCGGAAUAUGCAACAAGCUAUCAAAAUUGAAUGGCACGCUGCCUCGUUCCCCUUAAGGCUUACGAAGAACUUCACGGUCCCGCCGAAGGCAGCCACAGCUCGUCCGCAGCUGCCAGGCGGCUCUCGAGCCCAAUCCAGUCCUGAUCUCCUCGUCCGCCUUAAUAUGUUCAUCUGGCUCAUACCCUCGAACUGGCGGCGCAACAGUCGCGGAAGCAUCACCAGCACAUGUCGCACUGAAUACGACGUGGUCAGCGGUACUACGGCCCACCGCGAGGGAGUCGGCUGGUGGGCGCUCGUACGCGGCUGGUGUGCGCUCGACGCGGUUGAGGUGCUCCCGUGCGCGGUAGAUGUUGGCGCGUGCUCGGCUCGUAUGUGCCCAGGCUCGCACGGUCUUCUUCUAAGUCCAGCGCAAGUCCCUCCGCAGACGCGCAAGGGGUUUUGCGGUAGGGGCUGCUCAGCAAGCGAUACUCGGAAUUUCAUGUCGGGCUCAGCGUUUUCCCCUCGCGCAGCUUUACAAAGGCCGAGCGGGCUGCCGUGGUCGGUGCGAGGGGUUGUUCAUGGCUGCUGGAGCGGGACGGAGGGCAGGUCGGAGCUAGCUGUUAGUCAACGUCCUUCGAAGUUCAUCCCGUCACCCGGAAAGGUGCGCUGCAUUCUGCAUUGGUUUCCUAAGCACUAGUGUCGGCUUCCUGCGGUGACUUGACCGAUAAUACUAUAAGACAGCUUGCACGAUGGUCUGCAUACUUUGCACGAGGUGCUACAUAUCCUACCGCCAUAAUUUUCCUCACCUACAGGUCGAACGCAAUGAUAUAUGUAGCAGGUCGAGAGAGCUCGGUGUCAUCCUGACAGGGAUCUGGCUCUGCCAGAAGGUGCCUUGUCUUUCUCUUCCUUCUCUUAAAAGGUCCCCUUCCGAACGCACUUCACCCUCAUUCAGAGGACCCUGUCGCGGCCAUUGGCGUUGCCACCCUUGUUCCUGCUCAAGUAAUUUCAGAGAUCUGCACAUGUAGCGCUAAUGCACCAUCUAGGC